UGUCAACUUCUUGCCUUCAUAGGCCCUGUCCUGAGCCCUUCUCAAGGGCCUUCUUGACUCCAAGGCUCCCAACUGGCCUCUGCCCUGUUUUCUUUAGUGCCCAGAGAAGCCACCAAAUCCAGCCAGUUCUGGCAGUUCUGAACUAGAGAAAAGGCCUCAGAUCCCAUGGCCCUAGCUGAGGUCUAGGGAGCCCAGGUUUAGGCUACAGAUCAAGCAGAAGCAGGGGUCCCUCCAAUGCUCUAGUUUCCUUGGGUAAGGGAGGGUUUCUAGGCUCUUACAACCUCCCAGGCAGAACCUGAAGAUCCUGCAGCCCUUGAGAAUAGAUUUAGAAGCAGGAGGUAAAAUGACAGGGGUACUCUCAAGAGACACCAUCUCAUCUCUUUGCCUUCUGUGGUGUUGUGCCUCUCCAUGUCACCAAGUAAAGAUAGAGGCUCAAGUCACCAAGAAACCUGCUUGUGGCCACAGAUGCUUAGGGUUUUCUAUCCCACCUUCCCCAUUCCUGCUGGUGGAUAAAUUCCCAUUGCCAAUGAAUCAGCCUACAUUUUACCAUGUGACCACUUCUGAAUAUUCCAUCCACUGGACCAAAGAGAAAAUGAACCCUGCCCCGCUCCCAGAUGGCUGAGAUUCUCCUAUGCAUGCAUCUUGGGAGCAAGAAACCACACGAGCCCAGGCUGGAGGGGAUGGACAUCCUGGAAUGGGAGCAUAUUUUCUGUGAGUCACCCUGUUUUUCUGUUUGCAUCCAACUGAAGCUACUAAAGUUCAGUGGUAGCACAAGGCUGUAAUCCUGGUUCUCAGGAGGCUGAGGCAGGAGGAUAACUGCAAAUUCAAAACUAGACAGGUUUACAUACCCAGGUGUAGGCUAGAUGGGGCUACAAUAGCAAGAUGCCGUAUCAGCAAAACAAAACAAAACAAAACAAAAAAACUCCAAGCAAAAUGGUAUUGAUUAUUUCCAGUUAAUUUUAUUCUGUGGGGACACAGCAAGCAUGCGCUGUGUAUUCGGAGACCAUAGAAAACACCUUUCCUCCAUUUCUGCUGAAUAGUUUGCUGUAUAAAACAUUCUUGGCAGGUGGAAGCAGGAAUAUCAAGGAGUUCAAGAAUGUCCUUAACUACAUAGAUUACCAAGGUCACCCUUGCUUACACACGACCCUGGACCCUAUCGCAAAACAACACAGAAAAUGAUUGGUUGGCAGGGUGUAGAUGGUGCGUGCCUGUAAUCCCAGCGCUCUGGAGGCAAAGGCAGGAUGCUUCUUACAAGUUCAAGGCCCAUUAGAUCUUAAGUUCCAGGCCAGGGAGGAUUACAUAAGACCCUAUUUUAUCUUUUUGAGACAGGGUCCUUGGCUGGCCUGGAAGUCACUGGAAGGUCAUGGUUGGUCUAGAACUUAAAGAAUCUGCCCUGUCUCUGCCUCUGGAGUGCUAGGGUUAAUGGCAUGUGCCACGCCAUACCUGGCCCUCUUUUUUUUUUUUUUAAGACUUUUUUUUUAAUUAGAUGUCUAUAUGAGGGCAGAUGUGUGCACUUGAGUACUUGAGUGCAGUUGCCAGUGUAGUCCAGAAGAGGGCGUUCGAUCCUCUGGAACCAAAGUUCUAAGUACUUGUGAGUACCAACCUGGGUAGUGGGACCUGUACUUGGGUCCUCUGCAAGAGCAGUAUGCCCGCUGAACUGCUGAGCCAUCUCUCUAUCUCUUGCUAGAUUUUAUCAUUAAAACAAACAAAAACCCCCGCACUUGCAGUCAGGGUGCUACUUUCGUAGAUAAAUGACUGUUAACCUAGUUUACAUGAAAGGCUGCCCCUCAUAUCAGCAGUUACACCUAUCUUAUGCUUUGUUAACUUUGUGAACUGUUUCAUGCUUUUCUAGAGCUGAGUAAACAUGUCUGGAAGUACACGGAAGUACUUCACUAACGUGUGUGUGUGUGUGUGUGUGUGUGUGAUUGGGAUGGCAUCACUAGCUCCAGGGUGGCCUGGAACUAGACCUCCAGCCACUCCAGCAACCUGGACUGACAGCCCUCUCAACCCAGCAUGAACUGAGACAUCUCAACAGGCUGCCUAUGCUGCCGUGCCUCAGAAGAGACAUGGAUAUCUUGGCCCUGUGAAGACUGCCUCAUGACUGCAGCUACCAUACUUUCUGAUCAGAAGCCAGAUGUGGGGUGAAGAGUGGAGGCGGAACAGACUGACCUCAAGUGCAGCAGGGUCCUGUUCUAUCAGACGGAGGGCAAGGAUAAGCAUUGUCAUGUAUGGAGUCAGAUCAGUGAAUAAAAGAGCUUCUGUCUCUCCAUUAUGACUCUAACCUGCCUCAUUAUGACCUGGCUCCCUCUCCCAGAUAGUAAGCAUCUCUCGGUACUGGCAUGAAUACAGUGUGGGUUGGGCUGGGUGGGGGGGUGGUGGCCCAGGUGGCCUUCGGACCCCCCCCACCAUGGAAAAACAGCUGUGGCAGGGCACGUUGGGGUGCUGCAAUCAAUACCAAGAAAGCUCCCAGGAUGCUGAGGACAUCCUAUUCCUGCUGCUGGGUCUCAUCAUUCUUGUCAACAUUAGCAUCAACGUGACAACUGUGGUGUGGCAUGGGAUCCAGAAUGCCUUAGACAAGAUGAUCUGUUGGAUGUGUGAGAGAACAGAUGAAGUCCAGGCUACCGAAUGUGCCCCCACAGAGCCCCCAACCAACGUCCAGGACGUCCACAUCCAUUGUGUCCUGGACCCUGUACAAGUGAAGAUGGCACAACCCACACACGGCUCCUCUUCCUCCUACCACCACUAUCUCCGUCAGCGCUAUAGCAGCAGGCGCCGCCGCAGGCGCUGCCGCAGUCGCCAUCACCAGCAGGGCAGCCACAACCGCUACCCACAGGGCCGCCACAGCCACCAGCAGAGGUUUCCAAACAACAGGCAGCUCGCCCGUGGCUGUCCACCCUUCCGUAAACAACCUCAAAGCCACAAGCUGUCACAGCCGAGGCCACUGCCCUUUUUUGACCUGGAAGACCGGGAUUCCCUUCCGGAGGAUGACCAGUCCUGUCCACAUCCCAAACAUCCGCACAGGGGCUGGCGAGGUUUUUAUAAGCCAAUAGGUCGGGCCUCCAAGGUGGGACUGUGGGGCCGCCAGGGCGGAAUCCUGGCCAGCCUCCCGCUACCCUCUCUCUACCUGUCACCGGAGCUGCGCCGCUUGCCCAAGCGGGUAGAAGCCAAGUCUGAACUGAGGCUACAGGCUUUCGGUCCCCGUUACUCACAGUCUCGGAUUUGGGGUAACGUGGAAGCUGAGCAGUGGGCCUCCUCGCCACCACCACCUGCCCGCCGGCUGCUUACUAGUCCCUCCUGGGUCACUGUGAGCUACAGCCCUUUCCCUUCAAGGGGCCACAUACCGCCUGAUGCCUGGGAUCAGCGGCGGCGUGGGGUAGAAGGCUCUGAGGCACCACCGGCCUUUGCAUGCAGGAACCCCAGGCCAGAGGCCCAGGGGUACCGGGAGCACAACUCCCCACAGGCCCACCGGCAGAACUUCCCUAGCUAUACUCACAGCCAACCCACCUACAGCCCACCGCAGUCCUUAGGACACAUGGGUUACAGCUCCAGGGAAUCUCAUGAGGUCCGCAGGCGGGCAGCUGACUGGACUGAGGUUUUCCCCUCGAGGCAUCCGCUGACCACUUCCACCUCCCUCACAGUAUUGGGCGAGGCUUCAUACCAAAGGGCUCCAGCUGCCGGGUCGGGCUUGAUAGUACCUCACUCCUCCCAGCCCUUGCCUGAAGUGCAGGCUUCCGAUCCAGCCCCACCUCCAACCACCUUUGUUCCACUCAGUCGGAAUCCAGGUGGCAAUGCCAGCUACCAGGUGUAUGACAGCCUGGAACUGAAGAGGCAGGUGCAGGAGAGCAGAGGGCGGGCCAGCUCCCUGCCACCACCUUCCACCUCAGCUUCAAGGCCCUCUCUGCACAGAAGUCGGACAGGGAAACUUAACUGACCAGCAGGUGAAUGCGGACAGCGGAGCAGGCCAUGGAGAAAGGAAUAAAGAGGAGUCCGGAAACCCUUGUCAUCUGUGGUUUGGAAAUAGCCCUUCUCACAUCAGCCAGGGAUUCCUGUUAAGAGAAGCCAGUCUCCCCUUGGCAGUCUCCUGUAGCUCAAGGGGCCAUAAUCUUGCAAGUGGGCCCCUCUUGGUCCUGUCUGCAAAGUCUGAAGCUGUAAACUGCGAAGCCCAGGUCUUCAGAGCUUCCACUGGGUUUUAGUUCUUCUGCUUCCCAAAAGAGACAGACUCAGUUCUGCUCAAGAAACUGGGACUCGAGCUGGGCGAUAGUGGCACACACCUUUAAUCCCAGCACUCGGGAGGCAGAGGCAGGCAGAUCUCUGUGAGUUCUAGACCAGCCUGGUCUACAAGAGCUAGUUCCAGGACAGCCUCCAAAGCUACAGAGAAACUCUGUCUCAAAAAAAAAAAAAAA